AUUGAUAGCUGAGGAGGCUUGAGCAUGUACCACCGCUACUUCAUUUGUUAAUGUGACCGGUGAUGGCGGUGGAUCGAUGAUGGGAGAUUUUGCGAUAUAACGCAAUUGGAGAUGGAGAUAUUGUUAUCUCUCUCUCUCUCUCUCUCUCUCUCUCUCUCUCUCUCUUGUUGUUUGUUACUGUUACUCACAAUCCAUCGCAACAUCCCACUACCCGCACAUAUCACCCCUCACUCCCUCCUCGCCGGCGACGGCAGCCUCGCCGCCGCCGCUGCCGUCGCCGCCCGCCCGCCCGUCUACACACCGCAGAUCUCCAUCUCCGUAUCCUCCCCACCGGCCGCAGUGCUAUCCCGGCCGCCUGUCGCCCACCGAGGCAGCGCGCGCGCGCGCGGAGAGCGAAAGUGUUAUCGAUCGUCUUGUCUCGUCUCCGGAGAUCGCCAUUUGUUUAUCUAAGUGUAAGGUGAGAGGGGUGUUAGAGGGGCUUGAUGAUGGGGAGUAUCGCAGAUAUGCGAUGCUGGAUGACCAUGGACUUUUGGAUGUGUUGCUGCUGUUACUACUGCUACUGCUGCUACUUCCGUUGACGAUGAUUUACACACCACUACAUCACUCACUCUCCACCCUACAAAAACCAUCGUAGACCAAAGAGGAGCAUCGCCUUUCUCUCUCGAUUAAAUAUCAUUCGCAAGAUAUCAAUAUAUAUUAAUAGUUAUCUCUGAUCUCAUUCUCACCCAUGUUUUCUUUGCGUUUCUUCGCAGUACUGUUGUCUUCUUGUUGGUGAAAAGUACCAACUUCCUCAAAACACAUUCACUGAUAUCCGCACAGUCACUCAACACGCACUUCAUUCACUGUAAGCUAAAGCACGCAGAUCUGACGCAGAAACACAGUUCUGUCAAGCAAGCAUAUACCCCAGCAACUAGUCAUCUCACUCACUCACUCAAGCC